AUGGGCUCGUCGGCGGCUCAUCAGCUGAAGCAGCUCAAGCCGCUGUACCAGCACGUGGUGAACAACUUCGUCGCCGUGCUCGCUGCGCCGCUGGCCGUGGCGGCCGUCGUGAAUGCGGCGCGCGUCGGUCCCGACGAGCUGCUCGGCAGGUUGCAGGCGCUCCGGGCGGUGCACGUAUUCUUCGCCGUGUUCGUCGCGGCCGCCGCGGUGACGCUGUACGUGAUGCUGCGGCCCCGGUCCGUGUACCUGGUGGACUACGCCUGCUUCCGCACGAGGCCCAACUGCCGCGUCCCCUUCGCCACCUUCCUGGAGCACGCCAAGCUGGUGACGUUCGUGGAGGGCGCCUCCAUCGACGAGCGCAGCGUCCGGUUCAUGACGCGGCUGCUGGAGCGCUCGGGCCUCGGGGAGGAGACCUGCCUGCCCCCGGCGCACCACUACAUCCCGCCGUACCGGAACAUGGAGGCCUCGCGCGCGGAGGUGGAGCUGGUCAUCUUCUCGGCCAUCGACGACCUGCUCGCCAAGACGGGCAUCAGCCCCCGCGCCAUCGACAUCCUGGUAGUGAACUGCAGCCUGUUCGCGCCCAUCCCGUCGUUCACGGACAUGAUCAUCCACAGGUACGGGAUGCGGCCGGACAUCCGCAACGUGCACCUGUCCGGGAUGGGUUGCAGCGCCGGGCUCAUCUCCGUGGGGCUGGCCAAGAACUUCCUUCAGGUCGCUCCGAAAGGCGCGCACGCGCUGGUGGUGUCGACGGAGACCAUCACGCCCAACUACUACGUGGGCAAGGAGCGCGCAAUGCUGCUGCCCAACUGCCUGUUCCGCAUGGGCGGCGCCGCCGUGCUGCUGUCCACGUCCCGCGCCCGGGCCCGGUUCCGGCUCGCCCGCGUGGUGCGCACGCUGACGGGCGCCCAGGACAGCGCGUACCGGUGCGUGUUCCAGGAGGAGGACGGCGAGGGCCACCGCGGGAUCAACCUGUCCAAGGACCUGAUGACCAUCGCGGGCGACGCGCUCAAGGCCAACAUCACCGCCAUCGGGCCGCUGGUGCUGCCGGCGUCGGAGCAGCUCCUGUUCGCGCUGUCCUUCAUCGCGCGGCGCGUGCUGAACCGGCGCGUGAAGCCGUACCUCCCCGACUUCCGCACGGCGUUCGAGCACUUCUGCAUCCACGCGGGCGGGCGCGCCGUCAUCGACGAGCUGCAGCGCAGCCUGGGCCUGUCGGACCAGGACGUGGAGGCGUCGCGCAUGGCGCUGCACCGGUUCGGCAACACGUCCAGCAGCUCGGUGUGGUACGAGCUGGCGUACAUCGAGGCCAAGGGCCGCAUGCGCCGGGGCGACCGCGUGUGGAUGAUCGGCUUCGGCUCCGGGUUCAAGUGCAACAGCGCGGCGUGGGAGUGCAUCGCACCGGCGCGCACCGCCGAGGGCCCCUGGGCGGAGAGCAUCAGCCGCUACCCCGUGGACAUCCCGGAGGUGCUCAAGCACUAG